CGCUCGCCGCCUCGCGCCGAGACUAGAAGCGCUGCGGAAAGCAGGGACAGUGGAGAGGGCGCUGCGCUCGGGCUACCCAAUGCGUGGACUAUCUGCCGCCGCUGUUCGUGCAAUAUGCUGGAGCUCCAGAACAGCUAAACGGAGUCGCCACACCACUGUUUGUGCUGGAUCGCAGCGCUGCCUUUCCUUAUGAAGAAGACACAAACUUGGAUUCUCACUUGCAUUUAUCUUCAGCUGCUCCUAUUUAAUCCUCUCGUCAAAACUGAAGGGAUCUGCAGGAAUCGUGUGACUAAUAAUGUAAAAGACGUCACUAAAUUGGUGGCAAAUCUUCCAAAAGACUAUAUGAUAACCCUCAAAUAUGUCCCCGGGAUGGAUGUUUUGCCAAGUCAUUGUUGGAUAAGCGAGAUGGUAGUACAAUUGUCAGACAGCUUGACUGAUCUUCUGGACAAGUUUUCAAAUAUUUCUGAAGGCUUGAGUAAUUAUUCCAUCAUAGACAAACUUGUGAAUAUAGUGGAUGACCUUGUGGAGUGCGUGAAAGAAAACUCAUCUAAGGAUCUAAAAAAAUCAUUCAAGAGCCCAGAACCCAGGCUCUUUACUCCUGAAGAAUUCUUUAGAAUUUUUAAUAGAUCCAUUGAUGCCUUCAAGGACUUUGUAGUGGCAUCUGAAACUAGUGAUUGUGUGGUUUCUUCAACAUUAAGUCCUGAGAAAGAUUCCAGAGUCAGUGUCACAAAACCAUUUAUGUUACCCCCUGUUGCAGCCAGCUCCCUUAGGAAUGACAGCAGUAGCAGUAAUAGGAAGGCCAGAAAUCCCCCUGGAGACUCCAGCCUACACUGGGCAGCCAUGGCAUUGCCAGCAUUGUUUUCUCUUAUAAUUGGCUUUGCUUUUGGAGCCUUAUACUGGAAGAAGAGACAGCCAAGUCUUACAAGGGCAGUUGAAAAUAUACAAAUUAAUGAAGAGGAUAAUGAGAUAAGUAUGUUGCAAGAGAAAGAGAGAGAGUUUCAAGAAGUGUAAUUGUGGCUUGUAUCAACACUGUUACUUUCGUACAUUGGCUGGUAACAGUUCAUGUUUGCUUCAUAAAUGAAGCAGCUUUAAACAAAUUCAUAUUCUGUCUG